CCUGCAAUACUUCUUGUUGGCGUCGUUUAUGUGGGUGUUCAUGGAGUCGCUGCUGCAGUACAAGGCGCUGUCCUACAUGCAGAAGCCGGGUCCCAGGUUUCUGUGGGUGUGCCUAAUCGCCGCAUGGGGUAUUCCUCUGAUUCCUGUGAUCUUCUUUCUCGCCCUUAACCACGAUAUGUACUACGGGGACAAAGGAUUUUGCUGGUUCGGCCCCAGGAAUGUCGGCUACGCCCUAGUGAUUCCUCUAGGCGCUAUCGUGCUGGCAAACAUUGUUAUCCUGGCCCUGCUCGCUAUGCGCCUGUGUCGUUGGCGUAAUGCGAAGUUGAAGUUGCACCAAUCUAAACGCCGCGUGGCCCUGCUUUACGCAAAUGCGACCCUCACGGUCUUCGUAUUUUUGGCUGCGGCCUGGAUAUUCUCUUACCUGUCCGUUGAGAACACCAAUCUCGCCUUCCAUUACCUGUUUGCCAUCCUAAGCGCUAUCAUUGGCGUCCUUAUCUUUGUCCUCUUCGUUACUCGCGACAGAGAGGUUCGGAAAUCGUGGAACAGGCAGUGUUGCAAGCAACCAAAAGUGGAGAUCAUACCACCGAGCCAAAUUGAGCUUGAGCGCAAGAUCCAAUUCGAAGAGUCACUGAAACGAAAGGUAGCGUACUCCGAACAGAUCAGGGCCGGCAACUCCCUUUACCCCAAGACCGACAACCCUUACAGGUCGAUGUUUAAUAACUCUUACGGAAGCAGGGCGGAUAACUCGUACCUGGCGAGGGUCGACGUGUCGGGUCAGCCUAUGUUUGACAUUCCCUACAAGGACAUGGUCACAGACUCCGGUCAGGUGCACGUGGUGUAUUCCAACCGAUCAAAGGGUGGUAACUCCUCGCAGUUCAAGGGCGAGAACCCUGACCUGAGCAAGGAAGAUCGGGGUCACACACCAUUCAAUGUUGUAGGGAGCGGUUAUUAGUGGUUGUGUUGAUUUUGUCAGACGUCUGCAAAAGAAAAAAAUUGAAAAG